AAAGACGAAGAAAAAAAAUAAAGAGAAGGCUCCAACAACUACUUGUAAAGUAUAAUCUCCAUAUCUGUGCCAACAAACCCAAUCUUAUUGAACUAUUCUUGAUUGUUAAUUAUUACAGAAGAUGGAUAAUGAUAAGAAUCACAAGGCAGAGGAAUCUAAACCGAGAUUGAGAUGGAGUUAUGAGCUUCAUCAAAGAUUCAUCGACGCCGUUAAUCAACUUGGGGGACCAAACAAGGCGACGCCUAAGGCCUUGAUGAGGGUUCUUGAGAUUCCUGAGCUCACUUUGUACCAUCUCAAGAGUCAUUUACAGAAAUACCGGCUCGGGAUAAGCGAGACGUUCAUUGGUAACAAGCAAGAUGCUGCAAAGUUCCAAGAAAGUCAGAGUCAAAAAGAUUUUGGAGAUCAACUAGACAAUAUUGUCACGAAAGAAAAAGAUGACGAACCUAACAAAAACUUGCAAACCAAGGAAGCGAUUCACGAACAAAUCGAAAGAAAGUUACAGGUCAGGAUAGAGGCACAAGGGAAAUAUUUACAGUCAGUGAUAAUGAAAGCUCAAGAAACUCUCUCCCGUUACAAAUCUCCAAAUCUCUAUGGAGUAGCAUCGACGGCCAAUAGAAGCUGUAUCAGUUCUUCUUUCUCAGGACUAACGCAAGCAGAAGAAGAUGACGAGGUUGAGGAAGAACAUGAUUUCUUGGGUCCCAAGAAUCCAGAGAACAGAGGAAUUGAACCGACGAGAAGUUCAGUGAACAGCUCGCUGGCAUCAUCAAAAACCUCAGAAGCAGAAAAUGAUCUUUAUUCUCAGACCAUUAUGAGGAGAUCAAACAAGGUUCAGUUUAUGGAGAUCAAACCAGAGGAAGUGAUGGAGCGGAAGAAGAGAAAGCUUGAAGACAAACUAUCCGGGAGAGAGCCUUUAGAGGCCACGACGGUGAGAACUUGGCUCUGAGUUUAAAGGUCAUGGAAACAUGUUCCAAGUCCAAGUCCUGAGUUACUAAGUUACAAGAAACCUGAGUCUUUUAAUAAGAUAUGUUAAAAUAUACAUCGUGUCUAUGCAUUAUCCGUCCUAUAUAUAUAUAUAUUAUAUCGAUUCUUGUGGGUGAGAAUGCAGUCGAAAACUAAAAGACUUCUUCAAAACCCUAACUUAAAUACAUGAAAUUCAAGAAACGAGAACCCAAGUCUUUAUGUUAAGAAAAAGAAGGAACCAAAAGAAAAAGGGUACAAGGUUUUUUACAAAAAGCUUCUUCUAAACUCUAAUUAUUGAAACAAGAACACAUCAUGUGCCACCAGAUCCAGUAGUGUUACCACCAUCACUGUUUCAACCAUCAUGACCAGAAGAAUCUCUACCAAACAUAACCCAAAUCUCUCCCCCAUCGCUUCUUUUCUUCUCAACCUCAUCUCCCUCAACAGGCAUCUCGUACCUACAAACAGGACACGACC